CACGCCCAUACGAGCAGACUUUGGGUACGCAUUGCGGCUCUCCUGGACGAAGCUUUCAACGGUCAAGCCUCCUGCGUGCUACUCUUAGCCGUCACCGGCGCCCGUCCAUGCCACUUGACGGCUCACGGCGAAAACACGAUCUGCGAUUACGCGCAACAACCAGCCACUUGCCAGUUUGUGUGGGUACCGGAUUCGCCGAGAACGAGGAUGAGCACCUGCUCUGCACACAUCAUGGCUACUUAGGCAACCACUUCCCAUCACCUCGCAGCAGCACUGUACGCAGGAGCAGUGCUGCAGCAAGCUUCUGCUGCUGUUGACGAGGGCAAUGACGGCGGUUGAAAUCCUCACUCUCCAUCCUGUGGGCUCCAUCAUGGAGCCCUACGACGAUGUUCCUAAGAUUUCGCGCCAAGAAUAUCUGAAUAGCCUAGUUCCACCAACGUCGGCGGAAAGAGCCCGAAUCAAUGCGAUCCAACUAAGGAAAGAAGACCUGAUUGAUCGCAAAUAUCGUCAGCAUACUGCCGAAGAACGAGAUGCUGCAAGACUUAUCCAGCGAGCGUACAGAGGCCAUCGCGACCGCCGUUCCCUCCAAGGACUUACACUAGACCCCAGCUCGAGAUGGGUGGAACUCAUCAAAGAGUGGCGCUAUCGUAGUGCGACUGCGCCACAUCACCGGAGCCCAGAAACGUCAGACUCGCCUUGUUCCCUAAGCAGGAACCCAUCGGAAAGGGCAAUGGUCAAUUGGCGUCGUGUUGGCACCAUCGCAGACCAUGCUGGCGCUGGAGAAAUCGCUUCUCCCGAGCAUGUCACAUCGCAUGCGCGCACGUUCAGCUCGAGACGCAGUCUCAGAAGGAAACGUUCUAGGUCAGAAUCGCAGGAGCCAAGCUCGAUGCUGCUCGACUUGAGAUACUUCCUUGAGAUGGUGGACCAGAAGCAUCGCUACGGAGCAAAUUUGCAAGUCUACCACGAAGAGUGGCAGCGUCGUACAACAAACGAGAACUUCUUCUACUGGCUGGAUCAUGGAGAAGGUAAAUCACUUGAUCUGAAAAUGUGUUCCCGCGAAAAGUUGGAGAAGGAGAAAAUCCGCUAUUUGAGCAAGGAAGAACGAAAGCAAUACCUUGUUCGCGUUGAUGAUUGCGGGCUAUUGAGAUGGCACAAGAACAAUGAACUCAUCACUACUUCCUGCGAUCAAUAUCAAGACAGCAUGCUCGGGAUCGUACUCAAGGGCACAGAUGCGCCCGCCUUCGAUGAUGAGGAGGUCAAACGCCAGCUUUCUGCAGAUGCGUCGCUGUCCAGUAAGCUUGCGGCAGUGGGCGGAGUAUUCAAAGAUGCAAUUAAGGCUGGUGCAGAGUCCAAGUAUGAGGACGAUUCAAGCUCAUCGGCGUCCAGCUCUGCAAGUGAGACAUCCGAAGCGGUCGACAAUCCACAUGCUCAAUUGGAAACACCAUGCGAUCAAACACGAAAAGAGGGACGACAUAAGAGAGGCAAAUUUCGUGUCAGUCCAGCGGCAGUUCUGAACCAUCUACUCAGAGCCUCUGUCCGACCAGGAACUUGGAUCUACGUGGCCGACACUGUAGGUCGCCUCUACGUCGGCAUCAAAUCCUCAGGUGCCUUUCAGCACGCCAGUUUCCUGAGCGGUGCACGUAUUUCAAGUGCAGGCACUAUCGGCAUCGAAAACGGCAAGCUCACAUUUCUAUCUCCUUUGUCUGGACAUUAUAGGCCUACGACACAAUCUUUCCGCCGCUUCAUCGCCAAUUUAAAAGAUCAAGGCACCGACACUAGCGAUCUCAAGGUCUCAAAAGCGUAUAGUGUCCUGCUUGGCAUGGAGCUAUACGGCACGUCAAAGAAAGUCACAAAGCAUAUCCUACAUCCAGACAGAGCCGCAAAGAAGUCUUCGUCUAACGAUACUCGACGGAACGAGUUACUGCAUCCACUGACUCUCCCGGACCCGAGCAACACGGUCGCCACUGUCGCGGCGGAGGAAGCCUGGCGUAGACAUGCUCUAAGCAAUGAUAAACGAGGCCUUGCAAAACUCAUGGACGACCUGAACAUUCAUCGAGGACGGAGGCGAAGUGAAGCCAGAAGGAAAAGCGAGGCCUCAAGGCUCGAUGCAGCGAGGGAGCGAUGACCGGAGAUUCUCUUUGCGUUGCUGUAAUUUAGCGUGGAGUUGGUGGUCUGGGAAUCAUAUGUCUUCUCCUGUCGGGAAAAUGGCUGCGUGCGUUAUCUUCUGAUAAGCUG